AUGGCUACCACGUUCAUCCAUAAUUCUUCCCGUAGUCUCCUCGGUCAGGUCCCUCCUCUUCGCCAACGUUCGCUCCUCCUAUCCCAAAUUUCGAGCCCCACCAUCGCAAGAAGACUCUUUUCUUCCAGAAAGCAUGCCGCAGCCAGAGAUGAUGACCACAAUUCGGAGGAGGAGUUGACUGCUGCGCGUCAAUGGCUGGCUGGCUUCGGCUCCAACACAAUCCCGCGGGACAUCUGCGAGAUCUCAUUCAGUCGUUCGGGCGGUCCGGGCGGUCAAAACGUGAACAAGUCUGUUCCCACCCACCAGCCAAUCCAGGCAUACAAGGUCAAUUCGAAAGCCACACUCAAGGUGCCUCUGGAUUCCUUACUCCCGCUGGUGCCCCGGAUCUUGCAUUCCCCGCUGCAAGCUACCCACUACAUCGCACCAAGGACCCGCAGUCUGGUCAUUCAGUCAGAAGAGUCUCGCAAACGGAAUGAGAACGUGGAGUCGUGUUAUGAUAAGCUCAACCAGCUCAUCAAACGGACAGCAGUGGAUGCUAUCCCUGGAGAAACAUCGCAAGAACAAAAGGACCGAGUCCAAAAAUUGCAAAAGGCGGCGAACGAGGCUCGUAUCAAAUCAAAGAAAUUUCUCAGCAGCAAAAAGAGUAGCAGACGAGGCAGUAACGACGACUAG